ACGUAGCAACCGUGAAGUGCAGGGUUGGGGAGUCUGAAAAAGUACGUCAGCAGUGUUUGCGCAGCCACCCCUGCGGACAAGGCUGCGGCAGCCUGACUACGAGUCGAGGAUGCGUAGAAGAUCGCUGCGUUUGACACAAAACCCAUCUGGCUCGCCUGACAAGUGUUCUUCCCCUUUCUUAUAAUACCUGUUGGACCACCUACUUCUUCCUCUCGUCGCCACAACAACAAUCCGUUUUCUAAAAACGCCUCUUCCCUCACACAGGACCCUUAUUAGCCACCUCCGCUGUUUCACAUUCGCCAUAUACUUUCUCCACAUUGGUUCCUGCAUCAACUCUACGCGAAAUACUUAGGAGAAACACGUAAACAAUCAUGGGCAAAGCAGGGCGCGCAGUGUGUGUAUUCACGCCUAUGGCGCUGACCAUUGCUUCCUUUGUUUGCGUACUUCUCAUCAACCUGGGCGGCAUCAGCAAAUCUUCAUCAACACUUCAAGGUCUUCACUUCUUCAGCGCCGACUUCACGAAUUUCACCACAGACAGCAGCACAUUGGGUACGGUUAUCAACCUGGCCAAGCAGGAAGGGUUCAUCUCGAACAAGUACGAAAUCUUCCUCUGGAACUACUGUGAUAGCGGCAAUGGCACAAGCAGCCAGAACAUCACUCACUGCUCGGCUCGUAAGACUGGUUUCUGGUUCGACCCUUACCAGGUCUGGAGUCUCGAGAAGGCCCUCAAUGCUACCGAGGACGUCGCCUCAGACCUUGCAGGUACUGGUGCUGAUAGCAGUAUCAUUGCCCAGCUUGAGUCCUAUGUUACCGACAACGCCGAUGCUCUCUACGACCAGGUCCUCGAUAGCAGUACUCGCAAGUCGAUUGACUUGUACAAGAAGCUGAGCAAAUGGAUGUUUGCCGCUUACUUUGCAGGUCUCUGGGCUUUGGUCGUCACCAUCGUCUUCGGAAUACUGGCUGUCUGCUCUCGCUUUGGCAGCUUCCUUACCUGGAUCUGUGCCAUCAUCUCCACUGUCCUCAUCUUUGGAGGCUCUAUUACCGCCACCGUCAUGUUCAGCAUUCUGGUGUCCACGCUACACGAGAAGCUCAAGGACUACAACGUCACAGUCAGCCUCUCGACACACAUGCUCGCCGUUACAUGGCUCGCCACUGCAUUCAUCCUUCUCGCAACCAUGUUCUGGCUCUUCAGCUGCUGUUGCUGCUCCGGCAAGUCCAACCCUCACCACAUCCGCAACAAGGAGGCGCCUGCAGCCGAACUCGGCCUCCCUCAGGGCGGCCUGUUCAACAGAGGCAGAAGUACAAAGUCCGAGAAGAGUGGCGCUGGAUAUGAGCGCGUUGAGUCUCCAUACGCACACCACCAUACCGCUUCUGACUCUGUACCGUUGACACAUGUCGAUGGCGCUGCCGACUCGUACUACAAGCAGGAGACAGGCUACAUGAACCACGAGCCCCAGAGCCCGGUCUGGAAUGCGAAUGCUGCUCCCUACGGUAAUGACCAUGGUCGUUCAAAUGGUGGAGCAUAUGAGCCCUACCGUCACGGUAACUGAGCAAUGUUUGCUAGACGCAAGGCACCAAACCCUCUGAACAUCUUGGUUGGCUAGCUUUGUGCCACAUACGAAGACACUGUACAUCGCUAGUCUGCAAAGUGCUU